AUGGAUCCUUACCUGCUCAGUUACCUGAAGGAGAGUCCUAAGGCAGGACAGGACCUUAAGCAGCGUCUGGCUCCUCUCUGCAGCACCUUUCAGAUCUCUGAAGAGGCAGAAGAGAUUAUUGUGAGGAGAGGCACUGCUCAAGAAGCACUACAUCAGGAAAAAUGGGAGAUGCAGUUGCAGGAUGUUUGUUUUCAGCUAAUGCAAACUUACCGAUGCUACUAUGAGGUGGACCCCAAAAGAUUGAAGUUCCUUCAGGACAACCUUUCCUCGUGCUCUGGAAACGUGUGUAUCUAUAAAGAAAAUAAAGAGCUGGCAGUGGUGGUUGGAGAGAAAAGCGAAAUAGAAAAAGUACUUCAGAUGUUGGAGGCCUCUCAGAUAAAGCAACAGGUCCGCAAGGACUGCAGGGUCUCUGAGGUGCAAUUCACCCUGGUGGAGAAGGAGUUCAGAAGGGAGAUGAAGGCUUCAUUCCCACACAUCAAGACCACCAGACAGGGAAGCCGGACUCUAGUGUUAGACGGGCCAGAGGCAGAGGUAGAAGCUGCAUGCACCACGCUACAGGAGCUGGUCAAGAAGAUCCGGCUAAAGAGACUCCAGCUAACUCCCCCACUCCUUGCCUUCCUCACAUCCAGUGGAGCCAUGCAAACAUACCAGACCCGGUUUCACCGGAGCCUGAGGAGUCCAGUGAUGCUUGAAGUGGGUCCAGACCUUGUUCUGUCCAGCCUUAUCUCAGAGGCCCUUGAGGAGGCAGCAGCAGCUCUGGAGCGAGACCUGACUGCGGAGACCGUGGCCUUGGAGCGAGCUGAAGUAGAGUCACCAGAAAUGGAAACACUUAAAGAAGAUUUGGACCGAUUGGGAAAACAUUUGCCCAAAAGGGUGGAGACCAGUUUCAACGCAAUUUUGAUCACUCCAAAAAAAUGUCAAAGUAGUCUCAAGCCAGGAGAUGUUUUGGAAGUUGAGGGCACCCCAGCUUUGAGAUGCCAAAAGGUCUUCUUCAUAGAGUGUUUGCCUUGGGAUGCUGUUAAGGGAAACAGUGAAAAGGCACUGCGAUAUGGGCUGAAGCAGGCAUUAGAACUGUGUGAGCGUCACACCUUCAACUCAGUGGCUUUUCCAAUAAUCGGACCUGGGAUGGUUCUGAACAUACCUGCAAGAGAAGCAGCUCAGAUGCUGACAGAUGAGAUUGGUCGGUUUGGAAGGUUGGGACCAACAAGAUCCCUCUCAACUUUACGUAUUGUCAUCCAACCAGACUAUCAAGAUUCUACAGAGAUCUUUCAAGAAGUAUGCCGGGGUCUAAAUAAAUAUAUGGUGGAUAUUAACACAGGUCAAGCUAUCUUUCAAUCUCUGACAUCUGACCUGGAUGAAAUCACUCUGACAGUGGGAGGGAUACAACUUCACUUGGUUUUUGGGGACAUCACCAAUGAGACCACUGAUGUAAUCGUGAACACCACAGACUUCCAAAACUUUGAUUCAGCUGUGUGCAAGGACAUCUUGAUGAUGGCAGGCCCUACGGUGCAAAGAAACCUUCAGUCAGGUGAAUCUCUGGGUUAUAUGGCGCAAGUAAAGAGGGGUGAGAUCUUCACGUCGUCCCCCGGCUCUUUCCCCUGCAAGGCCAUCAUGCACGUGUGUGGGCAAAAAGAUCCUGCUGUCAUCCAGGAUCUGGCCAGGGACAUCCUGCUGCUCUGUGAGAGCAAAAGAUACCCAUCAGUAGCCAUUCCUGCCAUCUGUGCCGGCACUGGUGGAGUGGACCCACGCCUGGUGGCAGAUGCCAUCCUCAAAGGAGUGAAGGCUACUGUGUCCAGCCACACCCUACAACACCUCACUACUGUCCGCCUUGUUCUGUUCAAGAUCAACGUUUUCCAGCAGUUUCAAGCUGCAGCCCAGAGUAAUAUGGGUUUGCUUGCUACCCCAACAAGUUAGGAUAACAUUGUAUAAUUAUA